AUGACAUUCACUAAAGAUCAUUUAAAAAAAGAAGGGGAUUGCCUUUACAUUGGUUGUAAAAGGAGUGGGUGGAAUAGUGAUUGUUGUAUUUCUCGAGAAGAGUUUAGUAAUCAAAUUGGUUAUUCGUUAUUAAAGAAAAGAGUAGAAAAAUAUCCCGAAGAAAAUCUUUGGGGAUACCGUUCAAAAAUUGAAGGGAAAUGGACUGAUUAUCAAUGGAUUAAUGGUACUGUUGCCUUGGAGAUGGUUGAUGCUAUGGCUGCAGGAAUUGUAAAUACUUUAAAAGUAAAAAAAGGAGAACGAUGUGGUAUUAUAACUCAUAAUAGAUAUGAAUGGUUUGUUGUUCAACAUGCUAUGAAUAGACAAGGCAUUAUUCCAAUUUUCUUAUACGCCACAUUAGGAGCUGAGGCGUUGGAUUAUAUUGUUAAAAAGAUGGGAUUAAAAUAUUUAUUCUGUGGAACACCAAUUAAAACUGGAUUACAAUUAUGUGAAAUGAAUCCAACAAUGGGACUAAUAACUUUUGAUGAUACAAAUGAUGUUCCUAAAUCAAUUAAACAUUUUAAUUAUAGUGAAUUAUUAAAUCAAGGAAGACAAAAUCCAACUGAUCCAGAUUUACCAAAUCCUAAUGAUACUUUUUCAAUUAUUUUUACUUCAGGUACAUCUGGACUUCCAAAAGGAGUUGUUCAUACACAUCUCUCAGUAAACAAUGCAAUUUAUAGUUUUAUUACUGCAAAUUGUUUUGAUCCAAUUAAAUUAGCUUAUAACAAGAUUAAUUAUUGUUACCUUCCAUCGGCUCAUGUAUUUGAUCAACAAAUUGCACUUGCCUUUAUGUAUGGGUAUGGAUCUGUUGGAUUUAAUUCAGCUGGAGUUGCUUCUAUAGUUGAUGAUAUGAAACAUCUUCAUCCAACAUUUCUUAUUGCUGUUCCAAGAGUUCUUCAAAAGAUUUAUGAUAAAUUCAUUGAAACAGUAAGUGCUUCAUGUAUUGCAAAUACAUUAUUUAAAAUUGCUUAUUAUUAUAAAAGUAAUGCAAUUCAUAAUAAGUCAUCAACUUUAAUUAAUUGGGACACUGUUUUGUUUAAUAAAGUCAAAGAAACUUUAGGUGGAAAGUUAGAAAUUAUUUUAAACGGUUCUGCUCCUUUAACACCGGAGUUAUAUGAUUGGCUUCGUGUUUGUACUGGUGCUCAAAUUUUCCAAGGGUAUGGAAUGACUGAGUCAUUUGGUGGAUUUUGUACUGCUGCUCCUGGUCUUCAUGAUGAUAAUUUAACAUCUAUUGGAUCAGCUUGUUUAGAUGUUAAUAUUAGAUUAGUAAGUAUUCCUGAUAUGGAUUAUUCGAUUGAAGGAGAAUCUCCAGCUGGUGAGAUUCAAGUUAAAGCAGGACAAAUUUUUAAAGAAUAUUAUGAUGAUGAACAACAAACAAAAGCUGCAUUUACUGAUGAUGGAUUUUUAUGUACUGGAGAUAUUGGUAGAAUUAAUUAUGAUGGAUCGUUGAGUAUUAUUGAUAGAAAAAAAAAUUUAUUUAAACUUGCACAAGGAGAAUAUAUUGCUGUUGAGCCAUUAGAAAAUACAUAUAGUCUUUGUCCAUUUGUGUCACAAUGUUUUAUUUAUGGAGAAAGUACUGACACUUUUAUCACUGCUAUUAUUGUUCCUGAAAUGAAAGAAUUUACAGAGUUUAUGAAAAUGAAAUUUAACUUCGAAGGAACAAAAGAAGAAUUACAAUCCUUCUCAAAUUUAAAAGAACCUAAAGAGGCUUUUAGACAAGAAUUAGAGAAAUAUGUCAGAACAAAAAAUGUCCCUGGUUAUGAAGUUGUUAGGAAUAUUUAUAUUGAAUUAACUCCAUUUAGCGAAGCAAACGGAUUGCUAACUCCUUCGUUCAAAUCAAGAAGACCUCAAAUUAAGAAAAAAUAUGCUACAAUUCUAGCUGAUUUAAGAAAAGAAAUUCUUUAA